CCCCCACCCACCCCCUCCGACCUCUCCCGCCUGCCGCCAUGGCGCUCCGGGCCGCUCUGUUUGAGCUGGGCGGCGUCCUGGUGGGUCCGUCUCCACGGGAGGUUUUCAGUCGGACCGAGGAGGCCCUGUCCUUGCCCAGUGGAUUCUUCAGGAAGGUGACCACCCAGGGGGGCCAGGAGGGGCCCUUUGCCCGCCUGCUGAGAGGAGAAUUCACAGUUGGACAAGCGGUGCCUCUCCUGGACGAGGCCUGUAGAGACAUCUCCGCAGCCGCCGGUCUCCAGCUACCGACUCCGUUCUCCAUCCGUCGGGUGUUUGACGAGAUGGGCUCUGGGGCAGAGAUCAACAUCCCCAUGCUGCAGGCUGCCAUUGCCCUCAGGAACAGGGGGUGGAAGACCGGCAUCCUGUCCAACACGUGGGUGGACGACAGCCCCCAGCGUGGCCAGUGGGCGGAGAUCUCGUGUGCCCUGGCCAAGCACUUUGACCUACGGGUGGAGUCUUGCCAUGUGGGCGUGGCCAAGCCGGACCCAGGCAUCUACUUGUUGGCGCUGGAGGCGCUGGGCGUGAGGCCCCACGAGGCUGUUUGUUUGGAUGACACCGAAGCCAAUCUGCGGGCAGCCCUCGAACUAGGACUGGUCACCGUCCAGGCCCGGGACACAGCUGCAGCCCUGGAGAAAUUGGAACAGGUCACGGGGAUGCAGCCACUUGGCCCCAAAGAAAUCCUGCUCACUGCCUGCAGGCCGGACAGCGUUGCUCACGGACAAGUCUCGGUCAAGCCUGGAGUCCAACUGCACUUCGUGGAAGCGGGAACAGGCCCUGCUGUCUGUCUCUGCCAUGGCUUCCCUGAGAGCUGGUUCUCCUGGAGGUACCAGAUCCCGGCUCUGGCUGAUGCAGGGUUCCGGGUCAUAGCUCUGGACAUGAAGGGUUACGGGGACUCCUCGGCCCCCCAAGCCAUUGAAGAGUAUUCCCAAGAGGAGAUGUGCAAGGAGGCGGUGACUUUCCUGGACAAACUGGGCAUUUCCCAGGCAGUGUUCAUUGGCCAUGACUGGGGCGGCAUGUUUGUGUGGAACAUGGCUCUCUUUUAUCCGGAGCGUGUGCGGGCUGUGGCCAGUCUGAACACACCCUUCAUGCCAGCAGACCCCUCAGUGCCUGCAAUGGAGAGGAUUCGGGCGCUGCCCGUAUGUGACUACCAGCUGUACUUUCAGGAGCCGGGGGUGGCCGAAGCAGAGCUGGAAGCCAACCUGAGCCGAACUCUGAAACUCUUAAUCCGAGCCAGCGAUGAAAAGAACUUCUUCACGUCCUUUGAAGUUCGGAAGAGAGGCGGGCUAUUGGUGGGGAUGCCCGAGUUUUCCCCGACCAGCCGUAUCCUGAAGGAGGAGGAUUUGCGUUUCUAUGUGCAGCAGUUUGAGAAAUCUGGCUUCAGGGGCCCGCUGAACUGGUACAGGAACAUGGAGAGGAAUUGGCGCUGGUCGUGCACUGCAGUUGGCCGGAAGAUCAUGGUUCCGGCGCUGAUGAUCACGGCUGGGAAGGACCCAAUUCUGACCCCGCAAACGUCCCGGCACAUGGAGGACUGGGUCCCUCAACUGAAGAGGGGCCACAUUGAGGAGUGUGGACACUGGACACAGAUGGAGAGACCGACUGAGCUGAACCAGAUCCUCAUCAAGUGGCUGAAGGAACUUCCUGCCGGUGUCUCCAAGCUGUGAGGCUGCUGUGGGCACAGACAUCUGGCCAGCAACUCAGCCUUCCCAGCCGAGCGUCACACCAGCCCCUCUCUCCCCACAGAACUGGCCCUUCGGGGCCCCACCCCCCCACCCCAGGCGAGCUAGGGCCCAGGAACGAUGGGCCGAUCACGCCUCUAGCCUCACUCUGACCCUGUCCCCACCCAGCCCCUGCCCCUCUCUGCCCCCAAUCCAUGCUUGCUAACUCCGGUGCUGAGCCUCUCUUAAAAUAAAUGGCACAGACAAGGAAGGCCUCACUUUGGGGAUCCCAGCAGAGCCGGGGCCGUGGCCGGUGCUAGGGGGACCUCUUUUCUGAGCUAAACGGCCCCAGGGUUAGAGUGCUGCGAGGGGGUGGAGUAGAAAGCACUGAGGUGGGGGUCACUCUGUGAUGGGAUAGUGUGGGGAAGGGGGCUGUCCAGGUGCAUCCAGGCCAGGCCCUCCCUAAGCUUUUCACGGUGGUUUUAGCCCUAUGCUGGACGAUCACAGAGGUCAAGGUCAUUCACCAACCCAGUAACUCACCCUCCAUCCGUCCAUCAAUCAAUAACAACUUUGAUAAGCACCCGAAGCCCCAGCUGCCCUCACCACUCCCAGACUCUACAGUUCUUGCUGAACUGUGUCUUUGUUGGCUUUAUCCUGCUCACCUUGUCUUGGGCCUUGUAACUCUGAA